AUGGCGUCCCCCUUCGGCCAUAAUGGGCCGGACCAUCAUGCUGCCAACGUCCUAUGCCAUGAGCUAGAAUAUUCUCGCAGCUUUUCUCUGACAGAACAAGCUGAAAAAACUUUCGGUGCAUCAUCAGGUGUCGCUCCGUUCGAGUAUCAAGCCAAGGAGCACUUGAUGCGUUUUUCUGUCGGUGGAACGGCCGUUGCAGGUGUGCUUGGUAACUCACCAGGGAACUCUCCUCUGGCCGUAGUCACCAGGGAAGCCUCUCACCUAGCACAUAAUCCUCUAGCGAGUCGUCAGCUCGAAAUGGAAAGCGACUGUGGCGCCGUAAGCCCUAGAGGGAUACCCGACCAUGCCUCAGAAGAUCACUAUUCAAAUCUUUCCCCUCAACAGAGGAAUACGCAGGGCCAAUUCAGGCAAUUCGUAUCGAUUGAUAUCAGCGAGGGGCCGCCCAAACGGGAGGAUCAGCAAGAAAAGCGGCAGGAGGCAGAACCCGAUACUGCGUUUCGGCUUCAUAACGCGCGCGCGCACAAGUGGUGGCAAAAAUCAGCCGAUGCAGGACAGGAAGCGUCGCAAAUUGCUGAGGAUGCUUUCGCAAGAGUUAAAUGCUGGAGAGAGAUCUUUUCAGCGCUCACUGGCAUGCAUGGUGUGUAUGUGCUUGCGAACUUUGCUUUUGAAAAUCCCGCUGGCGGACUGUGCUCGCUUUUUUGCUUCUUUUGUUCGGCAUUUGCUCAAUUCGACCGAAGAGCUCCUUCUUACUUUUUAACAGCCCUAUUGUCGUUCUGCUUUGGGAUUGUUGUCGCCGUUUCUCGGUCCACGGCCGUACGCGGUUUCGAAGCCUUUGCCCAAAAUGCGAUCCUCCGAAGGAUAUGCGUGACACAAGUCUCUCUGCUGUUUCUUGCGGCUGCUGUUGCCAGUAUGCUGGGCCUGAGGAUCAUGCAGCUCCACAGGUUCCUACGCGAGCCAGGCGUGCUUAUUCCGCUGCAGUGCCGCGAAUCUGAGGCAGCCGCAGGAAUGGGGGGUCCAGGAAACACAAGCGAGGUGAAGACACUUGACGCGAAAAAGCAUGUUAGGGACGACUACCAAGAACAGAAAGAUGCCAUGGGAUAUGGCAACCCAAUCGGGCACACCGGCACCCACACCAGCGCAUCUCAACGCCCCUCCUUUCAUCAUGCACUGGCCACUACAUUAAAUCAGAAAGGGCACUGGGGAAGGAGGGGCAGCGGUGUUUCCGGAGAGCUUCCUCUUUCAGCUGGGGCUGAUCGAAACGGCAGAUUCGUAUUAACGGCGAUGCUCGAUAUACCGGUUCGUUGCGGUCUGGCAGCAACUCCAGACACGGUGAUCCAUGUUGCAGGAAAGUAA